CUCCAAAACGUCGUCGUCUUCCUCCACACAUCGCCAUCGUCGCCCGUCAACUCAUCCCCACUUCCUGUCACCCAAUGCAAAACGUCAAGGUCAUCUCUUUUCUGCCAUUAAAGGCCUCCUCCCGGCGUUCUCGGCUAAGUCGAUAGAAGGACACGCAUUCAACCCCCCCACCCCCAACACCUGCUCGUCUUCUCUCUUCUGGGUUUCGUCGGGAGAGUGGCGAAGAGAUCGGCGAUGGCGAGUGAGAAUGUCGAGGAAGUGAGGAACAAGCAAGUGAUAUUCAGGGGCUACGUGAGCGGUUCCCCCGAGGAGACGGACAUGGAGGUGCGGGAAUCCACCGUGACAUUGGGAGUCCCGGAGGGCUCCGGCGGCGUUCUUGUGAAAAAUCUCUACCUGUCCUGCGAUCCUUACAUGAGGCUGCGCAUGAGGAAGCUCGAUCUCCCCAGUUACCGCGAUUCCUUCGAACCUGGUUCGCCUAUUACUGGAUAUGGCGUAGCUAGAGUCUUGGAAUCUGGGCAUCCGAACUUCAAGAAAGGCGACUUGGUUUGGGGCAUGACUGGAUGGGAGCAGUAUAGUCUAAUUACUGUGCCAGAGACUUGCUUUAAGAUUGAACACAGCGAUGUUCCUCUGUCUUACUACAUUGGCCUUUUGGGUAUGCCAGGCAUGACAGCUUAUGCCGGGUUUUUUGAGGUAUGCUCUCCUAAGAAAGGAGAGACUGUUUUCAUCUCGGCAGCAUCCGGAGCCGUCGGUCAGCUUGUUGGUCAGUUUGCAAAGUUGUUUGGUUGUUAUGUUGUUGGCAGCGCCGGCAGCAAAGAGAAGGUUGAUUUGCUGAAGAACAAGUUUGGUUUCGAUAAUGCUUUCAACUACAAGGAGGAACUGGAUCUGGAUGCGGCACUGAAAAGAUGCUUCCCCAAGGGGAUCGAUAUCUACUUCGAAAAUGUCGGCGGAAAGAUGCUUAAUACGGUGCUGCUCAACAUGAAACUUCAUGGCCGAAUCGCAGUAUGUGGAAUGAUCUCUCAGUACAACCUCGAGCAGCCUGAAGGCGUACACAACUUGAUGAACUUAAUCCUGAAGCGGGUUCGAAUGGAAGGUUUCUUGGUGACCGAUUACUAUCAUCUCUACCCGAAGUUCCUGGAGACGGUAUUGCCUCAGAUCAAAGAGGGGAAGAUUGAGUACGUGGAAGACAUCGCCGAAGGGCUCGAGAAAGGUCCGGCAGCUCUCGUCGGCCUGUUCUCCGGCCGCAACGUCGGAAAACAGGUGGUUGUCGUUUCUUGAGAAUAAGUCAGCCUU